CGAUCGAUCUUGCAGCUGAACAUUGUGGAGGGGAAGAUGCAGUACCUGUACGACGAGCAGGGCCGGCGCUACCUGGACGCGUUCGCGGGUAUCGCUACCGUGUGCUGUGGCCACUGCCACCCCGACGCCGUCGACGCGAUCACCGCGCAGGCCGAGCGACUGCAGCACUCCACCGUGCUCUACCUCAACCAUGCCAUCGCCGACUUUGCCGAGGCGCUGGCCUCCAAGCUGCCCGGCGAUCUCAAGGUUGUCUUCUUCACCAACUCCGGCACUGAGGCGAACGAGCUCGCCAUCCUGAUGGCGCGGCUCUACACCGGCAGCCACGACAUCAUCUCGCUCCGCAACUCCUACCACGGCAACGCGGCCGGGACCAUGGGCACCACCGCGCAGAAGAACUGGAAGUUCAACGUCAUCCAAAGCGGGGUGCACCACGCCAUCAACCCGGACCCCUACCGAGGAGCGUUCGGCGCCGACGCCAGGAAGUACGUGCGGGACGUGCAGGAGAUCAUCGAGUUCGGCACCACAGGCCAAGUCGCCGGCUUCAUAUCUGAAGCCAUCCAGGGUGUCGGUGGAAUCGUGGAGCUGUCGCCGGGGUACCUGCCCAUGGCGCACGAGAGGGUCCGCAAGGCCGGCGGGCUGUGCAUCGCCGACGAGGUCCAGGCGGGGUUCGCGCGCGUCGGCAGCCACUUCUGGGGGUUCGAGACCCACGGCGUGGUCCCCGACAUAGUGACCAUGGCGAAGGGCAUCGGCAACGGCAUCCCGCUGGGCGCCGGGGUGACGACCCCGGAGAUCGCGCAGGUCCUGACACGGCGCUGCUACUUCAACACGUUCGGCGGUAACCCCUUGUGCACUGCGGGCGUCGCCGUCCUCAAGGUGCUCGAGAAGGAGAGGCUCCAGGAGAACGCCUUCGUCGUCGGCUCCUACCUCAAGGACCGCCUCCGCGCUCUCCAGGAGAAGCACGACAUCAUCGGCGACGUGAGGGGAACGGGUUCCAUGCUCGGCGUCGAGCUCGUGACCGACCGGCGGAUGAAGACGCCGGCGAAAGAUGAGAUCUGCCACGCCAUGGAACAUAUGAAAGAGAUGGGCGUCUUGGUCGGGAAAGGCGGGUUCUACGGCAACGUCUUCAGGAUCGCUCCUUCUCUCUGCUUCACCAAAGAAGAUGCUGAUUUCUUCGUUGGAGCGAUGGACAUUGCAUUAUCAAAGCUCUGAGCUUUGAUGGCAAAAAUUAAAAGCAGGC